AAAUAGGCCACCGCGCAACCACAUCAAGUCGUCAACAAACACCCGCCAAAUUAGCCAAAACGCUGCAGGGUCAAACUAUCAAAGUCCACUAUUUUCUAUGUUAUUCUUGCAAUCAAAAGUCUUCUCUCGUUGUCUGAUACGUCCCACAAGUUCUCUCCAGUCCAAAUUUCCAUUUUCUUCAUCGAUCAAUUCGAUGAAGGAUACUCUAAUUCCCAAAAAACUCACUAAACCCAUCAAGAAAAGCACCCAGAAAACCACCACCGCCACCAGUAUCAUAAAAAGAAAAUUUAAGACGAUAGCAAAAGUCAAUCCCAGGGCUAACCCCAGUUCAACAAUCCCAGAAUCUGACUUUCGAGAUGAUGAUGAUGAUAAUGAUUUAAAUCCCAGUUCUUCGUUGUCUACAUUCUUUGAGAAAUGGCCAAUCUUGUCCCCUGAUUUCUACCAAAUUGAUGCCCUUGAUCUUGCCCCACUUUUGCUUGGAAAGUACCUCAGAAGAGACGAUGUUGUUCUUCAGAUAACUGAGGUGGAAGCUUAUAGGCCAAAUGAUUCAGCUUGCCACGGUCGAUUUGGCAUGACAGCAAGAACAGCACCAGUUUUUGGACCUGGUGGACAUGCAUAUGUUUACCUUUGCUAUGGUCUCCACACCAUGCUCAAUAUUGUCGCGGACAGAGAAGGAGCAGGAGCAGCUGUGCUAAUUCGUUCUUGUGCCCCAAUCAGUGGGCUGAAAACCAUUCAACAACGUCGAGGUAUAGUCACUGAGAAGCCUGUUCUUCUUACAGGGCCAGGAAAGGUUGGUCAAGCAUUAGGAAUUUCAACAGAUUGGUCUAACCAUUCCCUAUAUACUCCUGGUGGUUUAGAGCUCCUAGAGGGACCACGGCCAGAGCAUGUACUUGUUGGUCCAAGAGUUGGAAUAGAUUAUGCUUUGCCAGAACAUGUCAACGCAUUGUGGAGGUUUGCAAUUGCUGGUACCCCUUGGAUAAGCGCUCCCAAAAUCACGCUGAGACCUCGCUAGCUACUCCGGACGCCAUCUGUGACACUGGGAAUAUCUCGAAGAUGGAAACAGGAUCGUAAUGCCUCCCUCAGCACUUGAACGCUUAGUCUAUAUGGACAACAUCGAAUACCCCAUGGUGUUUGAGAUUAAAAAACCAACUACCACUGCUGCCGCCGCGGCCAGCACCAACACCACCACCAGGGGCGGGCGGGACGAUAACGAGG